AUGGCUUUAGAAAAACGUCUCAUAGCCCAGCCCGACAUGUACAGCGAGUACAAGAAAUUUAUGCAGGAAUAUCAAGACUUGAAGCACAUGCAAGAAGUUACCAACUAUUUGGGGCCCGACUCAACUAAUCAAGCAUUCUAUCUUCCUCAUCAUGCCGUCCAAAAUGAAACAAGCAUCACUACCAAAUUUAGAGUCGUGUUCGAUGGCUCAUGCAAGAGCACCACUGGUAUAUCAUUGAACGACGCAUUAAUGGUCGGUCCCACUGUGCAAGAAGAUCUCUUUUCUAUUUUAGUGAGAUUCCGCACAUUUCCUAUCGCCCUCACGGCGGAUGUAAGCAAAAUGUAUCGGCAAGUAUUGAUAGAUCCAACUCAAACUGCCCUGCAGCGCAUCUUGUGGCGGGACUCAGCAGACGAACCUAUCAAAACGUUCGAGUUAGUUACCGUAACAUACGGUACAUCUGUUGCAUCGUUCCUAGCAAUCAGAGCUAUGAGGAAACUUGCCGAAGACUAUUCAAAACAAUAUCCGAUUGCAUCAAAAAUCGCGUUAAGAGACUUCUAUGUCGAUGAUUUGGUCACAGGAGCAAAUACCGAAGAGGAAGCAAUCUCAAUCAAGGAAGAAAUCACUCAACUAUUGCAAGAAGGAAAGUUCGAGUUGAGGAAAUGGGCAUCCAAUGCAUCAUUCCUCCAAGAUGAGCAAUCUAUGGAAGAGGACAGAGAAUUCAUUUUAGCAUCGGACAAAAAAUCCGUGAGACGCACAUUGGGUAUCACUUGGAACUGUCAGUCCGACACAUUCAAAAUCACCAGUAUCGUUCAUUUACCAUCGAUAGAAAGGCCUACAAAAAGAAGCAUCUUAUCACGAAUUGCUUUAAUUUUCGAUCCACUCGGAUUACUAGGUCCAAUCACAGUGACAGCAAAAAUUAUAAUCCAAGAUCUCUGGCGUCUGAAGCUUGAUUGGGAUGAAUCUAUUCCUCUCGAGUUAAACACCAAAUGGAAACGAUACGAAACGGAGCUAUAA